AUGGACAUUGAUUUGCCCUCUCCGCCAGCUGUGAGUGCCUUGCGAGAAUCCUUUGGUGAUCGCAAGCCUCCAGAUAUUACCCGCAAGAUCACGGCCUGCGUGGCAUGCCGAAAGCAAAAGGUCAAAUGUCAUAUGCGAGAGGGCCAGAUGCCCUGCUCAAGGUGCAAGAAAAGAGGUCUUUCAUGUAGUGUCAAUAGAAGCUUGCAGACAUUACUUGAAGAGGAUGUCACAUGGAAGGGUGCAGUCGUGCAAAAGAUGAGGCGACUAGAAGAAGCAGUUGCAAGCAUUGCGAAUAAAGUUGGAAUGCCGGAGUUGCAGGCUUUGCAAGCAAUACAGAGUGGCCCUGAACCAGAGGGCCAAUCUAUGAGCCCAGCCAGAGAGGCUGUCAACCAAGACUCUUCUCCAUCUAGUCAACCAAGAGACUCAGUAAAAAAGCAUGACCCAUCCCAGACUUGGGAAGUCAUCAUGGAUCCUCGUGGGGGUCCUGCUUCUAUCCCGGCAUCUUGCGUGUCAGAAAGCGGGAAAGCAGGUUUACCCGGUACCAUGGCAAGCUCCCAUCAACCAGACCUUAUAUCCGCAGGACAAAUCUCACUGCGCCAGGCACUGGCACUAUUUGAGACAUAUCAUCUCAGACUGGACCAUUUUCUCUAUCGCAUCCUCGGAGAUCAUAUCAGCCUGGAUUCAGUCCGGAUUGCAUCACCCCUGUUGACAGCGGCAGUUUGCACAGUGGGAGCUUUACAUUCCCAAUCCCUCGGCCAUCUCUUCGAUACAUGCUAUAGUGAAUACAAGUCACUUGUUGCAGCACAAAUCUUCUCGAGGAACGUGAAUGAAGACGACAUCCGUGGUCUGUGUGUUGGUGCAUUCUGGCUACAUGGGCUUUCUUGGGCAUUAAUUGGAAAUGCUGUUCGCAUUGCAUCAGAUAUCAACCUACACAGUGGAAUUUACAAAGCUGUGAAGGGUGACCGUGAAGGAUACCUUCAAGCUCGACUAUACUAUCUUGUCUACGUCUGCGACCACCAUUUUUCUAUCGCUUAUGGCCGACCUCCCAUGUCCAGAGAAGGCUUCAUCAUCGAUUCUGCCAGUCGGUUAUUGGAGACUGAACAUGCGACCGAAGAUGACGCUAGAUUAAUCAGUCAGGUCAAAGAGUGGUCCAUUCUCGGUCAAGUCUUUGACACCUUUGGCGUCGAUGUCGAUACUUCAAUUCUACCGCAGACAUUGCCUCAGCUACGACGGUACUCAAUCUCUUUGGAUACCUGGUUCGCCGACUGGAGCGAAAGCUUCAAAGCCAAUCGAAAUGUUGGAAACUAUCCCCAGAAGGGAGUUGGGUUUCACUUCCAUUUCGCAAAGCUGUAUCUCUGCUCGCACGCCUUUCGGGGUGCACCCAUAUCGGAUGAUGCACCGCAAUGCAUUUCACCCGAGUUGGAAGAGAUUGCCAAUGCCGGUGUUCUAUCGGCAAUGUCAAUCCUGCGUGUCAUUGUUUCCGACGAUGAAUUCCGAUCAUUUUUGAACGGGCUCCCGCUGUACUUCGAUACCAUGCUCGCAUUUGCUGUGGUUUUCCUUAUGAAGGUUGCGACAAAAUAUGCGACGGUCAUCCGUAUCGACACAGAAAAAAUUCUAUCAUUAGUGGCUCAAACGGUGUCGGCUCUACGGGAGACCACGCAGUCUAUGCACAAGCAGCACAUACUUGUGUGCAAAACGCUCCCUCAAUACCCGAGCAUCAACUAG